CACACUAAGGAAUGCAAAAAUGGCCCUGAUAUUUUUUAACAGAAAACCAACCAAGUUUACAACUUAAGAGGAUCAUUCUGAUUUAAAGUCAAUUUUGGUUUACUUGCUGGAGGAGCCACAGCUUAACUGUUGCGCUGGACCUGUUGAGGAAAACACAGGGCCGGAGGAGCGGCACCAGGAGGAGACGGGCUGCUGCCAGGUCGAGCAAGAAGCUUGAGCGCAGUCUUCGCGGGGCGAUGAGGACGGCCAGGCGGGCCAGCAACGUGGAGGUGCCCUCCUUCCUCCGCCAGCUGGUCAAAGAGACAGAGAAGAUGGUCACCUUCUUCUUCAAAGGGGGGGCCAAGGAAACAGGCUCUGGGGAAGAGGACAGUUUAGAUGAGGACGACUCGAUGCCAAGCCCAUACCUGGAGCAUCCCAUCCUGGAGAAGCAAGUGUCAGAGGGGGGUUCUCAGUUGGUGAACUAUGCUGUGGCGAGCAUGCAGGGCUGGAGGUCUCAGAUGGAGGAUGCCCACACUUGCAUGCCCCAGCUGAGAGGAGAGCUGUCAGAGUGGGGAUACUUUGCUGUGUUUGAUGGACAUGCAGGCACCACAGUGGCCCAGUACUGCUCCAGAAACCUGCUGGAGCACAUCCUGGCAACAGGUGGAGUGAAAGCAAACGAGGACCCCGAGCAGGUGAAGGAUGGGAUCCGAGAAGGCUUCCUGGACAUCGAUCGACACAUGCACAAACUGGCUCGCCAGGACAACUGGGACCGAAGUGGCUCCACUGCAGCAGCAGUCAUGAUUUCACCACGCUACAUUUACUUUAUCAACUGUGGGGAUUCCCGCACCCUGCUCUGCCAUAAAGGCCAGGUGGUCUUCUACACGGAGGACCACAAGCCGUUCAACCCCAGAGAAAAGGAGCGCAUCCAGAACGCUGGUGGUUCUGUCACCCUGCAGAGAGUGAACGGCUCGCUGGCUGUUUCCAGAGCACUGGGGGACUUUGACUUCAAGGAGGUGGACUGGAGGCCGCAGACAGAGCAGCUGGUGUCACCAGAGCCAGAGUUGUAUGAGCUGGAGAGGACGCCCGAAGACGAGUUCCUAAUUCUAGCCUGUGACGGUGUAUGGGAUGCCAUUGGUAAUGAGGAACUGUGUGCCUUUGUGCGCAGCCGUCUGCUGGUGUGCGAUGAUCUAAGAGAGAUUUGCACCCAGGUCAUUGACCUCUGUCUCUAUAAGGGCAGCUUGGAUAACAUGAGCAUCAUCAUCGUCUGCUUCCCCAACGCCCCCCAGGUGUCACAGCAGGCACUGCAGCAAGAGGCAGAGCUGGAGCAACAGAUUGAUAUGAAAGUGGAAGAAAUUAUCCAGAUGAUGAGGUCCAGAGAUGAGGACCCUGACCUUUUGUAUGUGAUCAAAUUUCUGGCUGCAGAAGAGAUACCAGGGCUUCCACCAGGAGGAGGCAUAACUAGCAAGCGAGACUGUAUCAUCUCUGCAUAUCAGAAACAUAUCAUGACUCUCAGAUCUCAGGAGCCAAUGGACAUCGAAGGAUCGGAGGAGGACUUAGCCUAAAGCUGUUACCGUGGAAACAGAAUCAUCACCAGCUACACAAUCUCCAUGGAGACCAGCUUAACGAGAAACUCCACAUUUUAGAUGAGCACUAAGCUAACAAAGGAUUCUUUGUGCAAUAUAUUGUCUUUGAGCAUUUGUUUUUUGGUCAAUUAAAGUGAAAUUGAAAUCAAA